CUAACACGAUCUUAUUUAGUGGAGAGGGAGUCUUUGAUCGUCUUAACUCUUAACUUUCAUUGCUGCGGUUGAAGCUGAGUUGGGAAUACCGGAAAGCCAAAGAAGAAAUCCACGCGUGUUUCUGGUUCAAGAGUCCAUUACUUGACAGCCAAUUUUCGGUUCCCCUGGGAAGUUUCUCUGAUCAAUUGUAACAAUGGCUAAUGCAGCAUCUGGAAUGGCUGUGCAUGAUGCCUGCAAGCUAAAAUUUUUGGACUUGAAGGCUAAAAGAACCUAUCGCUUCAUCGUUUUUAAGAUUGAGGAGAAGCAAAAGCAGGUUGUGGUGGAAAAGCUUGUUGACCCAACUCAAAGUUAUGAAGAUUUUGCUGCAAGCCUUCCUGCUGAUGAGUGCCGAUAUGCUGUCUAUGAUUUUGACUUUGUGACGCAGGAGAAUUGCCAGAAAAGCAGGAUCUUUUUCAUUGCGUGGUCUCCAGAUACUGCAAGGGUGAGAAGCAAGAUGAUUUAUGCAAGCUCAAAGGACAGAUUCAAAAGAGAGUUGGAUGGUAUUCAAGUGGAGCUGCAGGCAACUGAUCCAACUGAAAUGGGCCUUGAUGUCAUUAGGAGCCGUGCAAAUUAAAUGAAAUUGUACGAAUCUCAAGAGUAGAGAAUCUCUUCUGCUCCCUGCAUUACUUUUUAAGCGAAAUGUCAAUAGUUUUAGGGGUGGUGAAUCUGGCUGAAUUAUGAUACUGGUUUGCUGUUUUUGACCUUAUAGUGUUUCCUUCAUCUGGGAACCCAUUCGAUAGUCUCGUUUUCUUUCU